AUGCGCGAAAAACGGCGGUCGCCUGCGGAAUGUUUCGCGCCAAAACGAUUACGUCCACGUACUGCUCCAAAACGUCGAGGACGCAUGCCUCUCUUGUUGCUCUCGCCAUGCUUCUUGCUUUGGUGCCCUAUUGUGCCACCCGCAUUGCCUCGGCAUGCCCGUCACCGUUCGCAUCCUUCGCAUCGUCAUAUCAACGCAUUGUCUUCACGUCCUUGGUCUUCUAACAAUUUCCAAUACCAUCGCGCUCACUCUAAUGCCCGCAUGUUCUCCCAUCUCGCGCAUCGGAUCCUUAUCACCCGUGCUUCAAUUUUGUAUUACAGAUUCGUCGCUGCGUACGGCCAGUCCUCGUCUUCACAGGAGAUCUGUCUCGAUGCUGCAGCGGUCUCCCUUGGUGUCGAGCGUCGCCGCAUUUACGACAUUGUUAACGUUCUCGAGAGCGUAGGCAUCGUUAUCCGCAAAGCGAAGAAUUGUUACUUAUGGAAGGGGUUUCAUCAAAUUCAUUCUAAGCUCGCAGACCUCAAUCAGAAAGCUUCACGGCUUUCUCUCACAGAAAACGCAAUCCCCUCCUUGUCUCAGUCCUCUGCAGACAGGAGCCUCUCCGGAUCUGCACCUUCCUCCCUCGAAACCGAUAACGGCCUUGAGCCGCAGAAGCGUGUGAGGACAACCGGAGGCCGAAAGGAGAAGUCACUAGGAGUCCUUUCACAGCGAUUUGUUCAGCUUUUCUUGCUUGCCGGUGAACGGCCUGUGUCACUGGACCAGGCCGCAAUUCAGCUUCUAGGCAGGUCACCACAUGCGUCAAAACUGCUAAAGACAAAGGUUCGUCGCCUUUACGAUAUUGCAAACAUUCUACUUUCACUCAAUCUCGUCGAGAAGGUCCAUACCACAAACCGCAAGCCUGCAUACAAGUGGCUUGGUCCUGGAAAUCCUGAUAAUAUUGGGACUGGUUUGAAGAGAGGCGCCGACGAGAGCACGAGUGCGCCUGCACCAAAACGACGCAAGUCAUUUGCGGGCCCAAUCCCCAACAAUUCUGCACACGGUGCUCCAAAUGCAAUUGGGUUCGACGCGAUGACACUGAAGAAGCUAGACGCUGUUCUGCAAACAUUUCCGAAAGGCUAUUCACAGCGAUGGCGCGAUUACGUCGAAAAGCUUCAGACUAUGCUAAUAGAGGGGAAGGUCACCUUAGCGAAGGCGAAGGAGUGUGUCGCAGGGCUUCUUGAGGAAGCUCAGGAUAAUGUAGUGGACAAUGACGAGGGACAGUCGCAUCCACAAGCAACGGCUUCUUGUAGUGAGCCAGCAACUGACAUGCAAGAAAGUGGCCAACAAGACUCCCCAACUCAGCUCAUGGUGGCGCAACAGCUCUCUGCGCUUGCAGCGAGGCCAUUAGCGGCGACUGCCGAGGUGGAAACUCCCGUAUCUGAAGGGCUUGCGAAGGCGGAGAGCCAAGGGAAUGACACGCAGCAGUCAACACCUGCGGAUGCGCCUGCGAAGACUAGCUCACACAACUCUGCGCUGGAACGUACAGAAUCUGUCGGAGGAGACGUUGAAAGUACGCCAUGUGGCGGUUCGGCACAAGACGAGACUGCUGAACCUCCCACGGCAAGCUCCGGUGCUUCCGGUGCGUCUCUUGCCGUCCAAGGGUCACCACUAGCGGCCCUUGGAGCAAUGUCAAUGCCAUUUACGUGGACUCCGGCAGAUGUGGAUCAGUAUAUGGAACAGGCGCGAGAAGCAGGGCCCAUGUUUGCGGAGGCGGCCGAAAAAUGGAAGCAAGACCUGUUAAAAUGGCAAACGUCGCACAUAAACAAUAAUAAGUUAAGAGACGUCAGAAUCAUGAGUUGCUAUAGAAUUUCACUCAGCCGGAAUCGACUCUGUUCAUCUACCACAGUAACAAGCGACAGAUGUAGGCCACUGCGCGCAAAACCCCAAUCACCUCAUGCGAGACAACUGACUUUUGUAGAUGACCACACACUUGCGAUAUCCAGAGUCAUCUGUAGCGGCUGCCGACGACUUCACCGCAAGUUGUGCGAACUCGCGUACUGA